AAAGAAAAUGAAUUCACCAUUCCGAAAUAUUUGUACAUUAUUUCUUCUACAUUAUAAUUAUCUUAAAAUAUAUUAAAAACAUACAUUUGUUUUAUACUUAUAAAAAGUAUCACACACACAAAUCUGAAUAUGCACAUCUUUAAAGAUACCAAAAUUCAUGAGGAAGGGAAGGAUAUUAUACAAUCUCUAAAAAAUCGAAAAUGUAAAGAAGUCUAUGCGCAACUUAAGGACUACUUAUUGCAGUCAUCAGAGUCAUCCAAUGACACCACCUUGAAAUACUACGGCCAUUUUGUUGUCUCUGUUCUUCGUACAUCAGUGACCAGCAUCAAAGAAGAUGGACCUCAGCCUACCUUGUUGUCUAUUGUGGAUCUCAGCUACAAUUACUUCAAGAAGCUUCAGAAACAUAUCAAACUCACUGAUCCUUGUUUCAUCUCUAAAAUAUUCCAUGUGGUUCUGGCAUGUAUUACAAAAGUGGUUGAUUAUGUUGACUACGUCUUAAAAUUCUCAGAAUUAUUCUACACUGAGUUGAUUGAAUUAAAAUCUACCAAUCAGGAUGUGUCUACUUUAAUUAAAUCUCCCUAUCUACUGAAUUUUGCUGUUAAACUUGAAAUGCAGAAGGAGUUUACAAAUUUUCAAUUAACACUCGGAAUCCGACAUAUGGCAUUGAAAUUAUUAACUUUGAAUAAUCAGAACAUUUCUUUAUUAGUUUCGGAGUUAGGUCGAACUUUUGAAAGAUAUCGUAAGCAAAACAAUGGGAAUAGUACUGACAUGAUAAAUUGCGAAUCUGCAGAAAUUUGGGACAAUAUUCUAAAGUGUGUUCAUUCAUCAUUGCUCUCUGAACAAGAACCAAACAAGUUUUUAACUGAUGUUCUAGAAUUACACAUACAUCAUGCACGUUUUAUCUAUUUUUAUGGUAAACACUACCAAAAUUCUAAGGCUAAUUUUAAGAAAAUUCAAUCAUUUCUUCAACAAAACACAAAGAAAGGUGAUAACUUAUUAAAAGGUUUAACUUGUUUAUGUGAUGCCAUCUUGUUAUUACAACAACAUGAGACAAAGGACUUUGAUAUCAACUUCUUAUUUAACUGCAUUGAAAAUGUAAACAGUAAACUUAAAGGUGUAACCACUGAGAUCAAUUUCAGUUCAAACUUAAGUAAUUUAAUUAAUGAUGCCUAUGGAAUAUUUAUUGAUUGCUUCUCUCAGUGGGAGCCUUUUAAGACUGGUCAGCUUGAGAAAAAUAUGUUUCUCACAGUAGUAGAAUUACUGGAUAUGAGUGUUUCUGUACUUCACAAAAAGCCUGAUGAGGCUGAGAAUAAUAAUGCAAACCGGACAGGAAAAUAUAAUGUGUUCAUACGUAAUACAUAUGUUGUCUACAUGGAGGUUUUGUAUAGCCUCAUAAAAACAGAUGACGCUGAAGAGUGGUUGUAUGAAGCAGAAAGGGUUGCCAGAAUAUACUUUUCUGAAGUAACACAUUUGUAUGAUGUUACAAAAAAGAUUCUAGAAAAGCAUCUUAUCUUUAUAGGACAAUGGUUGAGAAAUUUUGGCCGUUUUUGUUACAUUAAUGGUUAUAACAAGCCUGGAAUAGGCUUCUAUGAGCUAUCAAUUGACCUGCUGAGUAUUCAGGAGACUUAUGGAGAGAAUGUUGAGCAGAGCUAUAUAAAGACCCAUGAAUAUCUUGCUGAAUUCUACAAAAGAUGUGGAAACUGGGAAAAAGCAUUAAAAACUGUCAUAAGUUGUUUAUGUAUCAACACAGAUGCAGCGAUGGUUGCAGCUUUGAAAAUGUGGAUACGCAUAAAAAAAGAACAUAAUAAAGACUCAGACCUAACUAAUAAAACUUUGAAGACAUACGUUGAAGAAAAUGUUGGAGCAUCAGACAAAGCUAAAAUAAAUUUGAAUCAACUUCUAGAAAAAGAAUGGCAGAUGUAUCAAUCUUCCAGUAUUUUCAGGAAAAGCCAGAGAGAUCUUGCCAUUUCUAUGUUAACUGAACUUUCAAAAUCUGCUGCUACAACAUAUCAGCAAUGCUUUUAUCUCUAUGAACUUGCCCAACUUUUGUGGCUGAAUACUCAAAAAGAUGGAAAAUGCGGUAAAGAUUACCUUCUUGAAGCUAUUGAAUUGAUGACGCCACUGUUUCCAUCUGCUUCCUCAAAGGAGAAAAUUCUGUUUGGUCAAGCUAAUCUUUUACUUUAUAUAUUUGAACAUGAAGACUUCUGCCAAAAGUGUGCUAAAGGUUUCAAAUCUGAUGAUGAAAAUAUUGACUUGGACAAGGUUUCGGAAGAGAAUCAAUUUCAGCUUAGUCUAAAGAGGGAAUUUGAUCUAAUGGAGAAACUGGAAUUAUUUUUGGAAAUAUUCGAGAAAUUAUUUGAUGAUAAGAAGACAUUUGAUGACAUGCCAGCUAUACAAAUUACACAAAUUCUGCAAACUCUUCUUCUUGCCAAUUCUAUCUACACCUUGACUCUCAAGCCCCUGCAUUCACUUCGUAUAUUGACAGUUGCUCUGCAACUAGUUAAUUUAUCAGCUAAUGUAUCUGUUGAGCUGCGCCAUAAAAUCAUUUUGCACCUUUGUAGUACUCUUUCUUCUUUUGGUGCUGUGGAAGCAGCAUGGUCUAUAUUAAAUGCUAUGUCUGAUCCUGCAUCAGAUGCCAGUAAAACUGCUAAUAUCAACAGUGAGGAUUCUGAAACUAUGAGUUCACUUUUAAAGAUGCUUACUCAUGUAGAAUUAUUUUUGAAACAAAAGCAGUUUACCAAGGGUAUUGAACUAAAUCAAAAGGUUGCGUCUCAUGAAAUCUUCCAAACAAACAAAACCAAACUUGCUUGUGCCAUUCUAGGAUUUUCUAAACGUCUUUUGUCAAAGCUGAAACUUGUGCCUGCUACAAAUAGUGAUUGCUCUGAUAACAGCUAUUCCUAUGAUGAGUCACCUCUAGAAUUUGCUUAUGAAUCUGUGAGAAUGUAUUCAACCAUAGUGCAGUACCUCAAUAAACCGAAUAACGUUGAUUCAUAUACCUGUGCUCCAUUUGCUGAUAUAGGCUGUAGUUGGGCUGGAAGCUUUGAUGCCCUUGAAAAAUGGGAACUUGUUUCGAAUCUGUUGGAAUCUCUUCUUCAUUUAAGUCUAAUUUACUGUUAUGUUGGUGAUGAGAGAGAAGCUAAGUGUUUCAUCAAAGAAGGAAUAAAACUGUCUUAUAUUCUGGCAUUACCAAGAUGGAAUGCAACAUUUCAGAUACUGUUGGCUCGUAUCAACUUACUUUCUAAUAAGAUAGAAAGUGCUGCAAAAGCUAUGAAAGAGGCCAAGAACAUUCUUCUAACUCAAGAAAAUGUGGUCAGCAGAAAAAUUUAUCAAGAAAAUAUGAAGAAACUUAUAACAAAUACGUCACCACAUAGUAUUAAUGUUUCUACUCCAGAAAUGUUCACAAUGGAUGAUCAAUUGAUUACUAAAUUCCGGUGGUCAGCUGAGUUAAGUGAUGAAGAGACUAUCAUGAGAAAGGAUAAUACCUGUAUUUAUGAAUCAACACCUUUAAAAGUUGCUGACACUACUAAUGUAACCUCUCAGUUCUCUGUUGAUAUUCCUGUCCUUGAUAAUGAAGACCAUAAGGUUAAAUGUGGUUGUCAUUGUUGUUCUGAUGUGGUUUCACAGGACCUGUUUUUGAAGUAUUUAGUCACUCAAGCUGAACUUGAACAACUUACUGGCAAUGAUAUUCUAACUGAAAACAUUUUGACAAUUGCUGAAGAUCAAUAUUUAAAAUCAUGUAAACAUAUCAAAACUAACCUUGAAGGUUUGCUUCAAGGAAAGUCACUUAGCUGUCUUCUAAAUCAAAUGUGUUCUGAAAAUUUUAAAGUUACUCCUGAAAAUAGCUUAUAUAUAAACAAUUGUUUGUUUACUCUAAGUAGAUCCUAUCUUGUGAGAUGUCAUCUAGCAGAAAAUUGUAGUCAAUUUCAGCUUUGCUAUGAGUAUGCUAAAAAGGGAUUGCUGAUAUUUCAGAGCAAUCAUUUAGAUUUUAGUAAUCCUGAAGUUCUUUAUCUUCAUACUGGUUUGACUAUAUGUUUGUCAAAUGCUCUGAGAUACGUUUCUGAUUUUUCAGAUAUUGAGGAAAUUAUUUCACCUGAUCCAAAUUUAGAUGUAAUGACUUUGAAAUUAUCAAAUAUGACUCUACAAUCUGAAACUGUGUCUUCUGGAACAAUAAAGACUAAUAUUGAUAAAUGUGUACAAGACAUGGAAGCAUUGUCAAUUAUUGACAAAGCAGAUAAUAAAACCAAAAGAAAUGCUAAAAAGUCAGUGUGUAAAUCAAGAAAAGAAGGAAUGAAAUCAAAAUCCAAAAAUGAUAAUCAAAGUGGAGAAUAUCCAACCACUGUUUUGAACAAUGAAACAUGUAUGUCAGUUGACUCCUACAAAUGGCAAAGUGCUCAGGAAAAGUUUAAAGAUUGUAUGGAUCGAAAGACAAAAUUGUCUGCUUCAGAGAUAUUUAAAGACAUUACAGCUGAACAUUUAUCCAGUGUAUAUGAUGAUGAUGUCAUUGCUGAGAGUGAAACUGGUGAAAAAUCAGUUGCUCUUGAUGUGGAUAAUGAUUUAUGUGAAAGGGUUGUGCUAAGUAAGAAAUUAAAGACCAACAAAAAUAUUCCAGAAGUUUGUCCAACAAAGACCGAAUGUUCAUCUAAAUGUGAAACAGAUAAUUUUGUUGCUAGUUGUACACAAUCAAUACCUCAUGAAUCUUCUGCUUCAAGUGUGUAUGAUAUACUUCCUCUCCCAGAGAAUGAGUCUCUUGAAAAAGACCAAAUACCUUCCAAAUUGAGAGACAAGAAAAGACAGCCUAAAGUUAAAACACAAUCUCUUUAUGAUAGUAAAUUACCACAAAAGCUAGAAGCUCCCAAAUCUCUACCUUUAGAAGUUUCAACUAUAAAAGUAAACAAAAGAAGUAGUCGACAGACAAAAUCUUUUGCAAGACCUAAGUCUGCAGUUUCCAAUCAAAUUAUUAAUUCAGAUCUGUUACCUGAAUCACACUGUGACUUUGAAUCCUGUCAAGAUUCUGAGCCAACAAGUAAGCAGGAUUCUCCACUUAAAAAGUCUCACAAGACUCUGAAAUCAAGACCUACAAGACUGCUAGAUGAUCAGAGUAUUAAAUCUAAAAUUACUUCUGAAUCCCAAAAUAAGGAAGAAUGUAAAGUUAAAAAGACUUCCAGUCAGAAGUCUAAAAUUCCAUCAAAAAUAAUAAAGCCAUUAUGCAAAGUGGAAAAUAAUGUGAUAAUCACCAAGACCACAGCCAGGUGUAAGAGUAAUCCAAUCAUAGAAAAUCUAAAAAGUAAAGGUGAAUUUGAAAACAAUGUCUAUAACUUUGAUGAGAAGAGUGAUAAUGAAUCUGGUGAAAAGAAAGUGAUCAAAAGGAGAGGCCGACCUCCAAAGAAAGCUGUUGGGUGGCAGUCAAGGUUGGCCGAGGCUUCGAAUGUCAUUGCAAGAGAACACCGCCGUAGUGAAGUGACAAAUGUAUUAGUUGAUAAAAUAUUUUCUAUGUCUCCAGAGCGUCUCUCGGUUGCCAAAUGUAACAAUAUUUGGCAAUCACUACCAUCGCCUUCGUUUGAACAACAUAACACUUCCUUUUCUUCUGAUAUCGACUCAUUUUACCAUCCUGCUUGGAAGAAUGCUGUAGAUGCUGCUGCUGAUGAUGAUGAUCCUAGUUUGUUAGGUGAUACAUCUUUUGGUAAUCUAUCUGUAAGUUCAUCUGAGUUAGUACGAGCUGCAGAAGAUAGUGACAGUUCCUCUGAAUGUAAAAGGAAACCCAGAGUGCAAAGGAAACCUACUUUGAAUCGAGAGAAGUUAUCUAGAAAAUAUAAAACGCCUUCUGAAUCUGAAAAGCCAAACUCUGAAUAUUUACAGAAGAUUAUAUUGGAAAAUGCUUACAUGCAGACAUCUCACUUUCCUCCAUGUUCAUUACAUAGCUGUAUAUGCAAAAGUUUAGCUGUUAAGUGUCUUCCAGAAAAUCCUACAAAGGCAGCUUUCUAUCUGAAUGAAAGCCAAGCAGUGACACUUCGUCACAACUUAGCUGUUCAUUUAAAUAGAAAAAUUAGGAGAUUGUUGAAAGAUCUAAGCAACAGUGAAGAUGUAAAGAAACAAUCUGAUCCCUCUGACCAAAACACACUUGUAGAUAAUUUACGAAAGGCUAAAACAGCAUUGAAGUUUGGGCAGAAAAAGGAUAUUAUCCCAUCUUUAAUUGAAGCUAUCCAUCCAGAUCUAACAGUUUGUCAAGUGUCUGUGAUUCAUCCACAUCAUGAUGUCCCAUAUCUUAUUGUUACCCGCUAUAGAAACAGCUCUGUUCCAACAGUAAUUUCUCUGUCAGGUUAUGGCACUACGCAGGGAAAGAUGGUGUCUAAAACAUUCAACUUCAUCCAGCGGGGUAAUCGAAACAGCUUCCAUGUACUGGAUAAAAAACAUUGGUGGAAUACCCGUCAUAAACUUGACAAAAAUAUGGAGUCUGUAGUUAAUAAGAUGGAAAACCUUUGGCUGCACUCUUGGAAAGGUAUUCUGCUUGGCCAGUUGACUAAUGAAGAAGAUCAGAAUAAAUUGAAAAUGCUUGCUGUCAAUGUUCAGAAAACCAUUCAAAAGGAGUGUCAGAGAACUCUGAAUCUUGAAUGCAUUGAGAUUUUAAUUGAUUCCGGUGAACUUUUAUCUGAUGAAUGUUUGGAAUCUGCUGUCAUAGACAUUACUGGUUUGCAGAAUCAAGACAGUAGGUUGCAGAGUAUCAAAUCCUUAAUACUACGUCAUUGCAAAAACCUUAAUUCUUCUGUUGCUGAAAGACAUCCUGUUACAUUAAUUCUUGACAAGGAAAUUCAACAUCUUCCGUGGGAAAACAUGCCCAUUUUACGAAAGCAGGCUGUUACACGAAUACCAUCUUUAUAUUACCUUAAGAUUCAAAAGAAAUUUCUACAUAACCAAGGUUCGAUCCUCACUGAUGGUAUUGAUAGAUCAAAUACCUACUAUGUACUUAACCCUGAUGCAAACUUGCAGCAUACACAGGAAACUUUUAAAGAUUGGUUUCAAAGCAUUCCUGACUGGGAAGGUGUUGUGGGGCAACCACCGACUGCCGAUCAAUUUAUAUCAGCCUUAACUCAAAAAGAUGUCAUGAUAUAUUGUGGUCAUGGCAGUGGCAGUAAAUACUUACAUGGCGAUCACUUACAAAACUUAAACUGUCAUGCUGCUGCUAUAUUAAUGGGAUGCAGUAGUGGCUAUAUGGAAGCAAAAGGUGUCCUUGAUGAAUGUGGAAUGAUUACCAACUACUAUUUGGCAUUCUGCCCCAUGAUUGUAGCCAACCUUUGGGAUGUUACUGAUAAAGAUAUUGACCGCUUUCUACAGGCAAUGCUGAAGAGUUGGAUCUCUGUUGGGAAUUGCAAUGAGAAAAAGGAUUGUGUAACGUUGACAAAAGCAGUAGUGAAAGCCAGAGACGCUUGCAGACUUACCUACCUCAUUGGUUGUGCUCCAGUUGUUUAUGGGUUGCCUUUAUGAAAAAAAUAUUUUACAGAUUAGUAUUAAUUGUUAGUUAAUAUAGCAAAACCAAAUGUAACAUAAAUCAGGGAUUUCUUUUAUAAGCAUCUUAAAUUUAUUUCUUGGGUUUUCUAGAAAAUAUAACUUCCCAAGUCAAGCAUAUAAUAUGUAAUUUUUAUUGAAAGAUAGAUAUGAAUUGAUUUUGAAAAAGAAGACAUCUUAAAACUGCAUAUAAGCUUCCCUUCAUUAAAUUAAGAAUAAUUACAGUUGAUUAAGUGUCUGAGAGCAUCAUUCUUAUUUAAUCUUAUUUAAUCAAAAUUAAAAGAAUCUCAACAGAUUUUUUAACAGGAAUUAUCACAUGCCAGUAUCACUGCCCUACUAUGAAAUAGUUUCAGUAUUAUUAUUUUAGUAUUUGUAAUAUCAUUUUGUAAUAAUCUAGGAAGUUUAGAAUGAGAAUUUUAUAUAUUAGAAUCUUUUCUUUCUUUUAAAACAAAACAAACAAAAAACAAAUAGUGAAACAGUAUUUUAGGAUCUUUCAUAUUUUGUGAUGAUAUAAGUAUUGAAAUUUAUUAUCUUUUUUCAACAAAUCAAAAUUAUAAAAUAUUUUUGUUCAUUAUUUUAGGUAAGUGUUAGAAUUUCAGGCAUUUUAAAAUUAGAACCAGUUAUUUCAAGAUUAAAAACAGCAAGUUACUAUGGUAUUUGUAAUUGUGAGUGAACAGAUUUUAGUUCAAAAUGAGAUCUUGCCACUUCAAAGUGAGAUUAAGGAUUUCAAAUGAGUCUUUAUCAUAUCAAAGUGAGAAUAGUGAUUUCUAAGUGAGAAUGACACAUACAGAGUUAUUAAAUAGAAAUAUAUCAAAAUAUUAUUUGUAAUAUCAGCAAUGUAAACUUGCCUGGUUGACUAUAAGUUUACAUCUGCCCAGCAAUGAGGCAAAAACUCAUAUGAUGGUAAUACCUUCAAGUUUUCUUGAGGGGUGAGAACAAUAACAACACCCAAUGCUAAUUCUCUAAGAAUAUUGCUUCAGUGAAUGACUUUUGUAACAUUUACAGGAUUGUUCGAUAUUUCUUCAUACAGAGAAAGUACUGUUAUUGCAUAUUUUAUACACGAGAAACAUUCCUCUGUUGGAUUAAGUGCAGGUCAAUACACCAGUAGAUAUUCUAAACAACAAUUACAAAUAUAUUGAAUAUAAAUGUUGAACCCAUGGUGAAACAGUUGCAUUAUUGAAAAUAUAUUCCUGACCUUGAAAAUGUUCAGCCAAAUAGUGAAGAAAGUUUUCAAACUUAGCCAUAUGUGAGCAUGAAAUUCUGUGAACACCAGUCUCUCUUUACUUGACAUGAGAGCAAUUAUAUUGAUAUUUUUGUCUGCUUGUCCAGAGAUAGUUCUGUGGGCCGGGCCCUUAAGAUCAGUGGUGGUAGUGUGAAGGUUAAAGCUACAUCAUUCAGCUACAAAAAUAAGUGAUUUAUUAAGAAGGUAAAACACUUGUCAAAUACCACACUUGACAAAUUCAUGUCUGUCAGUGAUAAAUAACAUCAUGUUGAAUUCUAUUGCUAAGUACUUGAACUAGCUUCUAUGGUUUUUCCAAUUCAACAAGUGAUUUAUGAGGCAAAUCUCAUCUCAUGUCUUUAUUUUCAGCAGGUGAUCAAUGAUUUAUUUUUUAUUGCCUCAUCAUCCACCUUCAUUUUGCAUCUACUGCUUUUGGGUAACACCUCUUGUUUUUAGUCUUUAUUUAGUCUAAAAUUUUUGUUUGCAGUCUUUAAAUUAAUGCCUAUAAAUUGAGCAAGGUUCUUGAGGUUUAACCCACAACAUUAAGUUGACUGUGAGCAGUACUAGAUGCUGGUAUCGCCUUUGUUUCGUAUUCCCUUGGUGGCUCUUCUUGGGACAUUGAAAAAACAAACACAAAACAGAAAACAACUUUAGAAUAUAAGUAGUUUAUGUAAAUUUGAGUUCUUCUUAUACUCACAUAAGAUUAUAAAUACUGUUUUAUUAAGAAGAAAUUCAGAUACUUUUUUGAUAUUGUAACUGAGGAAAUUGGUAAGAUUUCUCUGUUACAAUAUCAUUAUCAUCAUUCUAAUGUCUGUUAAAAUGGUAAUGAUGUUGAUAAUAUUGUAUAUUUGUAAAAAGUAUGUAUCUUCACAUAUCUGUCGAAGAUUAAAUACCUCACAAUUGAGCAAGUGUUUCAGUACGUUGGUAUUUUUUUCUGAAACUUGUACAUUUAGUUGUAAGGUAUUUAAUCUAAAAUAUAUAAAUAUAUACUCUACAUUAUUAUGCAUUCAGUCUUAUUUUGUUUUUAACUUUAGUCUUCUCAAAAUUCUUUGGUGGACUGUAAAUAAAUUAUUUUUGUACAUAUGUAAUUAAAU